AAGGAGCUUCAGGCACGUCGGUCUGGUAGGGACUGUCUCCCACAUCUAGGUGUGGUCUGUGCCCCACCGGCCUGCUCAGCCCAGCAUUUGCUCACCUCCUGCGCCCAUUCCUCUCUAGUCCUCCUGGGCACAAACAUGGCCAGCAUUCAAGAUCUGCCCGAAGACAUCUUGCUGACGGUGCUGCGCCUGCUCCCGAUACGGGAGCUGAUACGGAACUGCCGGCUGGUGUGCUCGAGGUGGCGAGACGUUGUGGACAUCCCUCUUCUGUGGAAGCACAAGUAUCACGAGGAGGACGCCAAUCUGAGGAUGCCCAAGACGUUCUACAUUUUCUGCCACCUGGAGAAGAACCUAAUCAAGAACCCUUGUGGCGAAGAAGGAUUAGACUUCUGGGACACUGCAAUGCCUUCAGACGGGCAGUGGAAAAUUAAGGACGUCCUUGAAGAAGAUUCAUCAAGGCUCCAGGCGUGGGAUUUCCUUCAGAGGAAUAUUUAUAUAAAAGAUAAAGACAUACCCUAUCAAGAAGUUAAAAAGUGCUUCGCUGUAUAUAAUGGGCUCUGCACAAAGUCGCAGCUCAUCACUUUGAGGGAUGAAGGUUACUGGGAUCAGCUGAUGGAUGACGGGAGGCCCACAAUUGUGGUGAAGGACUGGUUUUACAACAGCUUCUAUGGCCAUUACGAGUUGUGCGUGAAGCUGCUGUCUGCCGAUUUCAAGGUCAUCAGAGAGUAUCAGUCCAAAGAGAAGUACAGAUAUGACUCUGAGUAUCACGGCGAAUGGCGCCAGGUCUCCUACGCUUUUCACAACGUCCCUCCGGGAAUCCGUCACGUCUUUUUUCAGCACCAAGGCCAGAAUUUCAGUUGGCAGCAGUCCAGAUGUGGCGCCAAAGUAAUGAAAUGUCUGAGGAUGGCCCAAGAAAGGAGCAAAUCGAAGCGAAUGAGGAUUACCAAAACCAGCAUCACCGUUGGACCGUUUUCUCUAGACAAGGCCAUGUACCACAGGCACGGCCGAGACAUUAGGCACUGUCACUUCAGCCAGUGUCCCUGCCGUGGGAACUAUAUUCAUUAUUCGUGACCUUAUUAGGGGGGAGCAGGCUGGCCUGGCAUGUGUUACCGAGACCUGGCUGGGGUUUGGAGGAGGGGGGUCCCCUUUUGGAAAUGUGCCCGGCUGGGUUUAGGGCAUGGCACCAGCCGAGACCCCAGGGCAGGGGAGGGGGUAGCCAUGGUCAUCAGGGGGUCUCUGUUGGCCCCCAGGGGCGCUGCUCCCCAAGUGGCCAGUUGUGCGACCCCGUUCCUGAAGCAAGGCUCGCGAGAUGAGUUGGGGGUGUUGCUGCUGUGCCAGCCUCCCUGCUGCGUGGCAGCCUCCCUGCCUGAGCUGCUGGAGGCGGUCCCAGGGUUGGCGGUGGAGUUCCCCAGGCUCACGGUUCUGGGGGGCUUCAACCCGCCUGCCCCGUGGCUGGAACAUCUUGCCCCGGAGGCUGUUGGCCCCCACUCUUCUGGCCUUCCGGAAGAGCGUCAAGAUGCUCUUAGAUCUGGGGGACCCGAGAGUGACAGGCAGCCCUGGGGAUGGCUGGUGGCUUGAAGACGCUCUUUCGGCCUUUUAGUGUUCCUCUUCUAACUCCUUCUCCCUUUCGCAUUUUUUUAAUGGUUUUUAUGACUUUUUCAUCUGUAAGCUGCCCAGAGUCACUUUGGUCCAGGCAAAGUGUAGAGGGGGUGUCUGCCACUGACCGGUUUCAAAUGCUCUCUGCUCUUCUUAAAUUGUCUAAGUUUGGUGCAAGUUUCAGAUAGAGUGUGUGUACACACACACACACGUGUACACACACACACACACACACACACCCCUGCUCUAUUCUGCCUUGUUCCUGCGACCCCUUUUCUCCCCCAGAAGUUAAACUGAAGCUUUGGGACUGGAAACAGGGUGAAAUGGCCCAGAGUUGGUUAUCUGCUUGUCAUUCCCCCCUGAAAUUGUGCAUUUUUUAACGGAA